AUGGAUAACGCUGAGGCGAUUCUACUGGCUUUCGAAGCCUCGGCUGAUGAGCUGGUCAGCGCGAUCUGUGGUCGAGGGCUCAUAUUUGGACUUGACGAUGAAGUGUGCAGCACGUCCCACACCGAGGACUGCGAGCGAGAGCUGCAGAUUAAAGAGGAGGUGCAACAAGAAAGAGAACUCCAAGUGAUAAAGUGCUCUCCGUUAAGAGAGAAGCGGCGGGCGCAUGAUAAAAUCCUGAAGGCCAAGUCAAUUGAAGACCUCAGUGGAGCUGUACAAGUGUUCGAGAUCUCGACUGGACCAGCACCCACAUCUAUGGAACGAUCAAUUUCUGCACGACAAUCCAGACGCAAAGUGAUGCGAGAUGCUUGA